UUCCCCUAACUGAAAUAAUCAAAAAUAUGCUGCCUAAAAAUUCCUUCGUGUUUCUCUUCGGAGCUGUGCUUUUCGUUGCUAUAGCCAUGAUUAAAGCGCAGCCUGGAGAUCCAGGACCUGCUGGUAUUCGACCAACGUGGCGACCUACGCGCCCAACUUGGAGACCAACACGCCCAACUUGGAGACCAACACGCCCAACUUGGAGACCUACACGCCCAACUUGGAGACCAACAAGAGUUCCCCGUGAUAGCUGGAACAAAGCGAAACCAGAUUGGUGAGCGUCCGGCUAAAUGUGACGAUUAAGGAAAUUUAACGAUGACGCUGAAUAUACGGAAUUAUGAAAAGAACUUUAAAAUUUCACAAAGUAGAUUCAAAAUAAAUUAAAUUUUUCAUUAAA